AAACCACACACUCUCCUCUCUCCAGCUCCAGUCGGGACAAGCACUCUGAGCCCAACUCACAACCCACCAGACCCUCUCCAUCUGCGAAUCAGACGGACAGACUACGGGGUGGUUGUACACCCAUGACAAGAGCCCAGGCUAAUCUCUCCCGGAUCACUUUGUAACCCGCCGCCAAGAUGAGGGCAUUCAGCAUUGCAGUUGCAGUGACACUCGUGCUGGCCUUUGUUUGCUUUGUGGAGGCACUUCCUUUCGCUGGGGUGCCUGAGCCGGAGGAAGCAGGGAGCAAUGACACUCCAGUCGCGGCGUAUCCUGACAUGUUGGCGCAGUCGUUAAUGAUGCCGGGACACGUUCGUGAGAAACGCCAGAGCCACCUGUCCAUGUGCCGCUGGUGUUGUAACUGCUGCCGUGGCAACAAGGGCUGUGGCCCCUGCUGCAAGUUCUGACCAUGUGCACUUUAUGAAGAAUGAGCUUAGGUCCAGUUUGUGAUUUGUUUGUAAUAUUUAGUUGUAGUUAUGACACGUAAUGAGAAAUAUACACUUUUUUGUAUUUAUUUUUGUAUGUAACAUUUAUGUUAAAGAAUAAAAUUGUAAAGAAUUGUA